GUAAUGACAACAUCAUACUAGAUGAAGAGACUACAAUAUGAGGAAUAAAACUUAGAGGAGAAUUCAGAUUAACUUCCUCCUAAUUGCUCCUAUAAAAAGACAUCUAAUUUAACUUACGUGGUUUAAUAUAUUGGUGAGAAGGGUACUCCUCAUGAAGGUAUUUAAAUUUAUUAAAAUAUAGGGGCUUAUAUUAUAGUUGAUGUCGAUUUGAGUGGUAGUAAUGGAUCUUCUGGAUUCCCAGCUGAGGCUCCAAAUAUUACAUUUAGAAAUGGUUUUUAACAUGUUAAUGUUUAUCCUAUGGGAAAAUUAUGUAUGUAUCUUUCCAACAAGGAAACAUUUACAUCAGGUACUACUCUCUUGGAAAUCUUUUCAGGCAUUAAUUAAGUUAUUCAUCAGUAUUGAUUUUAUAAUAUAUUCUAAGUCCAACAUUCCAUGAUCCAGCCAAUGCUUCCAUUUUAAUUCAAGAGGGUGGAAAGGGAUAUGAUGAAAAGAUGAGAGAUCAAGCAAAGAAAUUAAGUCAACCCUAAUUUAGAGUAUUAUGAAU